GAAAUGCUGGGAAAAUUCACCUGUGUAAACUAUAAUCUUUCAGAUCCAAAAAAAAAACCCGAACCUGAAACAAAGCUCUAGCAGAGACUAAAGCUAUAGAAAGAAAAUUGCAAAUAUCCGUUUAGAACAGAUUGUGGAUCUGUUUAAUUGACGAUGGUAAUGGAACUAGGGAACGGCGAUGAUGGCGUCACCUCAUCGGCGUCACCGACCUCCGCCAUGGCCAGUGUUCUCCCUCUCGCUUCCGUCUCUCAACAGCCUUACGUGUCCGAGCUCCUCUCCUUCACUCUCGAUCGCCUCCAUAAGGAGCCGGAACUUCUUCGAGUUGAUGCGGAAAGGAUUCAGAGGCAAAUGCAAGAAGUUGCUGUUGGUAAUUACCGCGCUUUCAUUUCUGCCGCCGAUGCGUUGGUUGCUAUCAAAGAGGAACUAUCUUCUAUCGAUAAGCAUCUCGAAUCUCUGAUUACUGAGAUCCCGAGCCUGACAUCUGGUUGCACAGAAUUUAUUGAAUCUGCAGAACAAAUUUUGGAGAAGAGGAAGAUGAACCAGACUCUGCUAUCAAAUCACAGUACUUUGCUUGAUUUGCUUGAGAUUCCUCAGCUCAUGGACACAUGCGUGAGGAAUGGAAAUUAUGAUGAAGCUCUUGAUUUAGAAGCCUUUGUUUGCAAACUCUCAACCAUGCACCCCAAUAUACCUGUUAUUCAAGCAUUGGCUCAAGAAGUUAGGCAAACAACACAAUCUCUUCUCUCUCAGCUUCUCCAAAAGCUUCGUUCAAAUAUUCAGUUACCAGAAUGCCUUCGGAUUAUUGGAUAUUUACGCCGAAUAGGAGUAUUUAGUGAGUAUGAAAUGCGGUUGCAGUUUUUGAGAUGCCGAGAGACGUGGCUCACUGGAAUUCUUGAGGACUUGGAUCAGAGAAACGCGUAUGAGUAUCUAAAAGGGAUGAUAAGCUGUCACAGAAUGCAUCUUUUCGAUGUUGUUAACCAAUAUCGAGCAAUAUUUGCUGAUGAUACAUCUGGAAGUGAAGAAAAUUAUGAUGGCGGGCUUAUUUUUAGUUGGGCCAUGCAUCAAAUUACUUCACACCUUAAAACUCUUAAAGUCAUGCUUCCAAAAAUAACAGAAGGUGGAUCGCUAUCAAAUAUUCUGGAUCAGUGUAUGUAUUGUGCAAUGGGGCUUGGUUGGGUCGGGUUGGAUUUUCGAGGCUUGCUUCCUCCUCUAUUUGAAGAGGCAGUGCUCAAUUUAUUCUCUAAGAAUAUGAAUACAGCAGUUGAGAACUUUCAGUUAGUUCUGGAUUCGCAUCGAUGGGUUCCAUUACCAGCAGUUGGCUUUUCAGCCGCUAGCAUCAGUGAAGAAAGUCAGGAGGAUGUAACGCCACCAUCUUAUUUGAUGGAACAUCCGCCUCUUGCUGUGUUUGUUAAUGGUGUUUCCGCCGCAAUGAACGAACUACGUCCUUGUGCCCCAGUUAGUUUAAAGAAUGUUCUUUCUCAAGAAUUAAUUAAAGGAUUGCAGGCUGUUUCUGACUCCCUAUUGAGAUACAACGCAACUCGGAUGCUCAGAGAAAACGAAUCUGGGCUUUUCCUCUCCCUUUGCCGAGCAUUCAUUGAGGUCGUUUUCCCACACUGUGCGACAUGCUUCGGUCGUUGUUAUCCUGGUGGGGCCGCUCUUAUCAUGGACGCAAAGAAUUUAUAUGAAGGACUUGGUCGCCUGUUGACAAUCUCUUCAACGAAAGAACCCCCAAAACCAGUUGGUAACGGAGAGGAAAAGACAGCAUCCGGAAAUGGUGACCUGCCGUCUCAACCUGUUGUGGAAAAUGGCAUUGAACCGACGGUCGAUAAUGCAGCAGAUGAGAAGGAACAGAACAGUCCCGCAUUGCAUACUGAUGAAAAAAAGGCUGGUGAAACAUCCUAGGAAAGAUCCAUUCUUUAAACUUUGAUUUGAUAAUGUUUGUAGAAAGAAAAAGGUAGUGUUAUUUUUUUGAUGUAUUAAGCAAUUUUCCGGCCAAAAGGAUAAAAUGAGAAAAACAAGUUUUAUA